ACGUGUAGUUGAGUACACGUGUGUGUGUGUACACACGUGUAGUUGAGUACACGUGUGUGUGUGUACACACGUGUAGUUGAGUACACGUGUGCCCUGUGUAUGCAUAUGCACUCGCGUGUGUUUGUGUGUAUGCGUAAUAAUUGCGUGUGCAUAACUUGAACACACUUUUGUAUCAGCGCUCUGACCGCAAUACACUUCAACCACAUGCUGGUGAAGCAUUGUCAACGUCAGAUCUUGAAGUUACGAGAGAGAAGGAGAGAAGGGGAGAGCGCGCGUCACACAGGGCGCACGGGUGGAGGAGGAGAGGGGAUCCAUGGACGGGUCCGGGAUGGUUCUGACGGGACCCGAACCGAUCUUGGCGCAACUGCAGCCCGUCAAGGUCCUGCCAGAUGACCUGGCCGGCCUGGCGGGACUGCCCGGUGGGUGUCCCGAUGACGCGCCCGUCUUCGAGGAACUGAAGAGCCCCACUGCCAAGAUGAUGCUCCACGCGAGCGAGGGCGGAGACCUCGCGCAGACGAGGACGGAGAUGGAGCGCUACCUCUCCCCGGAAGCAUUCCUCUUCAUCACCACCACCACCACCGCAACCACCGCGGCCACCGCCUCCACCACCGCCAUCCCCGGCAUGGCCGCCGCCGCUGACUGCGCCAACCCGGGCCACAAAUACCGGCGCGACAGCGCCUCGGUGGUGGACGAAUUCUUUGAGGAACAAACCUGCGACCCCACUGUGGGCCACCACCACCACCAGCAUCACCACCACCAGCACCACCACCACCAGCACCAGCAGCAGCAGCAGUUCUCCUCCAACGUGAGCGUCGCUCAGGACCUGAGGCACCUGCGCAUGGGGCUCUACCGCAGCGGGCACCGCUUGCCAGCCACGUCGCCCGUGUCCUCGAAAGGCGGCGGCGGCGGCGGCGGUGGGGUGGUGGCGCCUCCAGGGGCCCCGCCACCGCAGCCGUUGUCCGCUCACAGUGGCGGUGACGGCGACGGCGCGAGCAGCAUCGUCAGCAAUGGUCACCGACUGCCCCAGUUCAGCCAGGUGUUCAGCACUCCGCAAGCGGUGGUGGUGAGCAACACCCUGGGCACCUUCAUCAAACAGGAGCCCGGCGAGGACGUCGCCAAAACCAUCACCACCACUAGCAGCAGCAGCAGUGGAAUCAACAGCAGAGGCAACAGCGGCAUCAAAAUCGAUAGCAGCAUCAGCGGCAGCAGCGGUGGCGGUGUCGGAGGGCAUCUGCACGUGAACCUCCUGCCCGUGAGCACGUCCGCGUGCGCGGCACGGGCCCCGCAGAGCCCCCUCGUGCUGACCCCAUGCUCCCCGCAGCCGCUUCUCUCGUACCCCUCCCUGCACGGCGCCUUCGCCUCCUCCACCUCCACCGUGGACGCGUCGGCCCUGGGCGGAGGCUUCCUCACCAUCACCGACCUCUCCCCGGGCGGGAGCGGCGGAGUCGGGGGCACUCAACGUGGCGGCGUCUCCGUGGGCGGGGUCGCGAUGACCUCUCACCUGACCCCCGGCUCGCGCUGGCAGCCGCUGCUCUACCCCUACCCGGGGUGCCAGGCCUCGCCCUACCUGCCCCCGUCGCCGCCCAGCUCGCAGCCGGGCAGCCCCGACGGGGUGGCCGCCCUGCCGCAGCCCAAGCAGCCGCACCACCCGGCAGACCUGCGCAUCACCGUGCUGUCGUCGGCGCAACCCCCGCCGCCCUACUCGGUGGCGGUGGCCACCAAGGGGGUACAGCAGCAGGGCGGCUCCUCCUCCUCCUCCUCGUCGGCGGCGGCGGCGGCAGUAGCAGCCAUGGGCCAGGUCAUAACCAAGUACAACCGCAGGAACAACCCCGAGCUGGAAAAGAGACGCAUCCACCACUGUGACUUUCCAGAGUGCACAAAGGUAUAUACAAAAAGCUCACAUCUCAAGGCUCACCAGAGAACCCACACAGGUGAGAAGCCCUACCGCUGCACGUGGGAGGGCUGCGACUGGCGGUUCGCGCGCUCGGACGAGCUCACGCGGCACUACCGCAAGCACACGGGUGCCAAGCCCUUCCAGUGCCACGUGUGUAGCCGCUCCUUCUCCCGCUCGGACCACCUCGCCCUGCACAUGAAGAGACACCAAAACUAGGAGACCCUCUUCUACUCCACCACCACUAUUCCUCUCGGCAUCAUCAUCGGUAUCAUUAGCAGCAGCAUCGUCGUCACCUCUCCCUUCACCGUGAUGGUGGUCGUGGUGGUGCCACUGAUGGUGAUGAUGUCUCGGCUGUCAACUCUACAAACUUUUUCCACCGCGAACUCGCCCCCCCCCCCUACCCCCGCCGUCCUGCAAAAUGAAAAUCGCAUCACCAACAUCACCAACAGCACCAACAGCACCAACAGCACCAACAGCACCAACGGCAGCACAACAACGGCAGCUGAAUACAUUUGCCACUCAAUUGUGGCCGCCGCGCGCUUGUGCCGAAGCAGGCGCACCAUUACCGCGGGGACGACAGCGACUACAGGGACAGCGGCCGACGUGAGCCCCUGAUGGGCAGUGACUCCACCGCGGAGCCUGUGCCAAGCUAGGGGCACCUUGCGGGUUGGUUGCAUGGUCGUUGCUUUUGGAAGGUCGGUGGGUAGGCAGAAGUAGCACGAGGUGGUGGUCACGGGUCAACGGGCGCCGUUCAUCGAUCGAUCACAACAACGAUAACAAUGACCCCACACACGCAACUAUAAACAACCAUGCCAGCAGACGCGCCGGUGAACAUGUAAACAAUAAACACACAAACACCGAAACAGUGCGGCGAGGUGGAGAUUUGAUUUUGGAUCAACCCAAUAGGGCAUCGCCUCUCCAUCGCGUCCUUCCUUCUGCCAGAUUUCACAGUUGUAUAUAUAUUUUUUCAACCUUUGAGGAGGUCACAAUUAUCACCGCUGGAUGGUCGCUCCUACAGGGCACCCGGGUGGUGGUGGUAGUGGUGGAGAGGAGAGGCCGAGUACCCUGCCGGCUCUGUUCGGAACGCGCCGUGGCCUGGAAAGGGCCCAUAGUGGGGGUAGUGAGUACGGGUGCUUCGACGUUUUUGUUGCCAAACAAAUAGAAACAGGACAUCACGCAGAGUCUGCACGACCCUCCGUCUACACAGUCAGACGGACGCUUUCCAACAGGCGUAAGACAAAUAUAAAUAUCGAUUCUGACCAUUUCAGCCAUAACCCUGCACGCCAUCUCCAGGUGCGUGUCUCGCCGUGGGAUUUUGCUCGUGCGUGGACGCCACGUGGUGGUCACGAACGAGAGUCGCGGCGUGGUGGUUGCGGUGGUCACGGGAAACACACUCAGGGGGAGAGGAGAGAACUGUGCCGCGUCUCGAGUCGCCCAGAGAAUCCGACUGUCGGGUUCGGUGAAGGCGCUCCCGUGGGACGCCUCGCAACCCCUCGCGGACGCACGCACCUAUAGAACAAAGACACAGAUCCCCCGGGCAGCCUUUAACAGACUGUCGGGGCAAGUGCUGUCAUCGAACACUCAUGAAGAUGCUGCACGGCGCACGAGGGGCUAUGGUGUGGUCCUAACCCACGUCCGGCCGCCUUUAUCUCCCCAGUCCUGGACCGCUUCAGCUAUUCGCCACCAGCUACACGCAAUCACGCGCGCACGUUUUCUCUCGUAUGCAAAGUCUAUUUCGCUCUCACGCGUAAACACACUCACUCGUGCACGCUCUCUCGCACACACACACACAACAUCAACAAUCACAGAGAUCCCGCGUAUAACCUGUAUCAGACUGUAGGGGGCAAGUGCUGUUAGCGAGCACCUAUGAAGGCCGGCACGGCACACGAGGGGGUGGGUGGCCUGCACCACGCCCAGCCGCCUUUGUCUUCCUAGUGGCGAUGUUUGCACACACAUACAUACACACUAUGUCAGACAUUAUCGCAGUAAACACAUACUGACACACACUCUCGCACCAUCUAGUCACUGAUAUUUGACUCGUGAGCGUGAAUCGAACUCGGGUCGCCGGGUUCAUACCGCGAGUGCGUUAACCACUGCGCCCACCGCUCCACACACUCUCUCGCUCUCAUUCGUAACACGCGUAGUGGAUGUCGCGUGAGAUUACGACUGCUUUGUUGAAGUCACUGUAGAACAGAACAGAAGAAGGUGAAACCGACUCUGUGUAAAAAAAUAAUAAAUCCCAAAACAAAAUCAGUGCCCAAAACGCCACUGUUGGGCUAUCAAUGACACUUAGUGCCAUUCGCGCGUCGGUGUAUAUGUGUGUAUGUGUGUGUGUUUUUUACUGCUAGAUCAUUUUUAAAUGUAUAUAAUUCUUACUAGUUGUUAUUAUUGUUGUUGUUUUGUUAUAUAUUACCCCGCCCGCUCACUCCAAACAACAAGAUCUGAGUUCACUUGAAGGCGCAUUAAAAUGCAGUUUCGUCCCAACGUCAUCUUGCACCACCACCAACCACCACCCAUCACCACCACCACCAACCACCACUACCAACCACCACUACCAACCACCACCAACCACCACCAACCACCACCAUCAACCACCAACAACCACCACCAACCACCAACCACCACCAACCACCACCACCAACCACCACCACCAACCACCACCAACCACCAACCACCACCAGCCACUACCAACGCCGUCACCGCCGCAGCCGAAGCGUCACUGUCGCCAGAUAUAUAUUUUUUGGGGGGGGAUACAAAAGUCCAGAUGUUGACUUUGUUGUUGUUGUUUGUCGUUCUUGUGUCCCAUGUCCAUCAACGGAAAAAUGUAAAUACAUCGGCCAUUUUCAUCAAAAUAUUAUCCAGUCCGUCUCUUGAGAUUCCCCGCUCUUCAUUCAUUCAGCCGAAUUCUCUCCUCGCAAAGCUUAUGGGGAAUUGUUGGUUGGAGAGCGAGCGGGAGGCGUGGGACGGGUAAAUCUUGGGGAGAAAUCAGCCAAACCCCCCCACGCCCCUCCAAACCUAUAGCGCGUCCCACGUAAACCCUCUCCUCGAACCAACCUGGCAGCACAACAA